AUGGCUGUCCGCGCGCAAUUUGAGAACUCCAACGAAGUCGGCGUCUUUGCCCGUCUGACCAACUCUUAUGCCAUCGUUGCCGUCGGCGCCUCGGAGAACUUCUACAGUGUCUUCGAGUCCGAGCUGCAGGACGUCAUCCCGAUUUGCCACGCCACCAUCGCCGGUACCCGUAUCGUCGGCCGUCUGACUGUCGGCAACCGCAAGGGCCUGCUGGUCCCGACUACCACCACGGAUCAGGAAUUGCAGCACCUGCGGAACACACUCCCGGACGAAGUCAAAAUCCAGCGGAUCGAAGAGCGUCUGUCGGCGCUGGGCAAUGUCAUCUGCUGCAACGACCAUGUGGCCAUCGUGCACCCGGAUCUGGAGCGGGAAACUGAAGAGAUCAUUGCCGACGUCCUGGGCGUAGAAGUCUUCCGCCAAACUGUGGCCGAUAACGUCCUGACCGGCUCGUACAUGGCGCUCUCCAACCAAGGCGGUAUUGUGCACCCGAAAACCUCGAUCCGUGACCAAGACGAGCUCUCCUCGCUGCUGCAAGUGCCCCUGGUCGCGGGUUCCGUCAACCGCGGCUCAUCUGUCGUCGGCGCCGGCAUGGUUGUCAACGACUGGCUCGCCGUGACUGGCCUAGACACUACCGCCACCGAGCUGAGCGUCAUCGAGUCCGUGUUCCGCUUGGGCGAGAUGGCACCUGGCGGCGCUGGCGCUGGCGUCAACAAGGAGAGCAUCGUGGAGAGUUUCUAUUAG